UCUUCCUCAAAUAUUAAAAGCUCUUCUUUCUUUCUUUAUUUAUUUUGACCCCAAAGCAAAUUCUACAACAGCAAAAACAAAAGAAAACAAAAAAAUUCCAUAAAAAACAGAGACCAAAAUCUUUUUCUUCAGUUCAAUAUCUCUAUACUAUAAAAACGAUUCCUUUUUUUUUUUUUUUGGGUUUGUUCCUCCAAAUCCUGUAACAGUAAAAUUUUGUAUAGAUCGAAAAAGCAACAAUUUUGACGCUAUUGUUAAUGGCAGAAUUUGUAGAACCAAAUCUCCUCCUCCUAUCUUCAGAGACCAUCAAUUUUGAUGAUGAGAAGAAGAGCAAUUUUGUCGACACAAGUUCGAUUUUUCAGAUGGGUUUCCCUCCGGAGAGCGAAGAGAUCAUUCUAGAAAUGAUUCAGAAAGAGAGACAACACUCUCCGAGAGAUGAUUACCUCAACAGACUCAGAACUGGUGAUCUGGAUUUGACUGUCAGAAAUCAAGCCCUUAAUUGGAUUUGGAAGGCUUGUGAGGAGCUUAAAUUUGGACCAUUGUGUAUAUGUCUAGCAGUUAACUACUUGGAUCGUUUCUUAUCUGUUCAUGACUUGCCUAGUGGAAAAGCUUGGACAGUACAGCUGUUGGCUGUGGCUUGUUUGUCAUUGGCAGCCAAAAUAGAGGAAACCAUUGUUCCAGAGUUAAUACAACUGCAGGUUGGAGAUCCUAUGUUUGUAUUUGAGCCUAUCUCAAUCCAAAGAAUGGAACUUCUGGUGUUGAGCGUAUUGAGAUGGAGGCUAAGAGCAGUGACGCCUUGCUCUUACAUUAGAUACUUCCUGAGUAAGAUCAAUGACUAUGAUCAAGAACCACCUAGCAGAUUGUUGUCCACAUCACUACAAGUGAUAGCCAGCACAACCAAAGGUAUUGACUUCUUGGAGUAUAGAGCUUCAGAGAUUGCUGCUGCAGUUGCUCUUUCUGUUUCUGGAGAACAUAACACAUUACACUUUGACAAAUUCUCCUUCACUUCUUUCUUCUCACACCUUGAAAAGGAGAGAGUGAAGAAGAUUGGCGAAAUGAUAGAGAGAGGAGAUGGGUCAACUUCAUGUUCACAAACACCCAAUAAUGUAGUCUUACAACCAUUCAAGACUCUCUAUUCUCCUUCUCUUUCUACUUCUUCUGUUUCUUCCUCCCUCACUUCUCUUUCUUAAUAUCUCCUCUUUUUUUCUCUUUUUAAAAAUG